AUGAAAAGCAUCACUUUGUGCCACUGCCACUGCCACUGCCUACUGCCACUGCCACUGCCUUCUCGAACUAAUUCAACCAAACAGCCAAAGCCCAACUACCUGCCCACCCAAGCCCAGCUGUUAGUGCUUUGGAUCAUGGUGUUGUUCAUCCUGUUUGCAGCCGUCGCACUUUCACUGUUGGAAGAUGCGUCUCAGAGAGAAGCAGGAGGUGCAGGAGAUGUAGGAGGUGCAGGAGGUGCAGGAGAUGCAGGAGGUGCAGGAGGUGCACUAGGAGGGGACAGAGCAGUACUAGCAGCAGGAGAUGUAGGACGUGUAGGAGGUGUAGGAGGUGUAGGAGGUGCACUAAGAGGGCACAGAGCAGUACUAGCAGCAGGAGAUGCUCCACUGAUGGUAAACUACGCUCUUCUGUCACAGCAGGCCACAGUUCUCCGAUCUCGCUCUAGCCCCACCUACUUUCGACACGGUGUAUUGGAGAUGAUCCAGUGGCUGUUGUGCUCCAAACAUCUCUUUGUGCUGCGCCCUGAUUCCCCCCUGAUCCCCGGCUACUGCUGGCCCUUCGCUGGAGACAAAGGACACCUUCACAUCCAACUGGCCCAGAACAUCCAAAUUACCCACGUGACACUGGGGCACAUCACCAAGACCCAAUCGCCAACCGGGGAGACCACAUCGGCACCCAAGCACUUCGCUGUCUACGGGAAGAUGACGUUGGAUGGAACGGAGCAACUACUCGGACGAUUUUUCUACGACACGGGGGAACCGGGUUUCCAAACGUUUGCGAUUUCAGGAGGGAAAGGUGUAUCUUUUAAACAUGUACGACUGCAGGUGGAGUCCAACUGGGGCAACACGGAAUACACCUGUCUGUACAAUUUUAAGGUGCACGGAACACCUGCGCCCCCUGUCGGCCAAGUCACGCCCCCUCAACAAGGACAGUGUCAUUGA